AUGCUGAUGGAGAAUCUCUUAAGAUAUAGGGAGUACUGGCAAGUUGUUGUAGAUGGUGUGGCAACACCAAAAGAUGGCAUGACUCUUAUAGAUGCACAACAAAAGGAGUUUGAUGCGAUGAAAUUGAAAGAUUUGAAAGGCAAGAAUUAUUUGUUUCAAGCCAUUGAUUGUUCUAUCCUUGAAACUAUUUUUUGCAAAGAUACUUCCAGGGAUAUUUGUGAUUCAAUGAAGAAAAAGUAUCAAGGCUCCUCAAGAUUUAAAUGUUCCCAUCUUCAAGCUUUAAGAAGAGACUUUGAGGUCCUACAGAUGAAAAAAGGUGAAUCUGUAACAAGUUAUUGUUCAAGGACCUUUGGUGUUGCUAACAAUAAGCAGUUUCACGAUGAGAAGAUGGAUGACACAACCAUUGUUGAAAAAAUUCUACACUCAUUAACACUAAAGUUUGAUUAUGUGGUAUGCUCAAUUGAAGAAUCAAAUGAUAUUGAUAAUCUCUCUAUUGAUGAGCUUCAAAGUUCUUUGUUGGUCCAUGAACAAAAGAUGAAUAUAUGUUCAACAAUGGAGGAGAAAGCAUUGAAGGCCUCUACCAAUACUCAUUCAAACAACUCUAGAGGAAGGGGUAGAGGUAAAGGUAGAGGGCGUGGAAGUCGAGGAAAUAAAGAUUUCAACAAGAACUCUAAAGGUAACAAUGACCAAUUUCAAGGCAAAGAUAGAGGAAGAGAUCUUGAGAAAUCAAAGAUAGAAUGCUUUAGAUGUCAUAAACUUGGUCAUUAUGCCUCUGAAUUUUAUACUAGACUGCUUAAUCAUAAAGAAAAGAGGAAAAGUUCAAAUUUUGUCGAGGAGAAAGAAGUAGAAACCUUGUUGAUGGUUGUUGAAGAUGCAAAAGACAACGAGGCAGAAAUCUGGUAUGUAGAUAUCGACUGUAGUAGUCACAUAAGUGAAAAUAAGUCCCCUUUCUCAUAUUUAAAUGAAAAUUUUCAUUCUAUUGUGGGCUUUGGUGAUUGCUAA